CUUCCGGUCAACACGCUUCCCCUGAAAGAAUCGAGGAGUGAUGUUAUAAUCUCAUUUGAACUUGACUGGAACAAUGCCCAAGUACUACUGUGAUUACUGUGACACAUACCUGACACACGACUCACCCUCUGUCCGAAAGACACAUUGUAAUGGUAGAAAACACAAGGAAAAUGUGCGACUGUAUUAUCAGAAGUGGUUAGAAGAGCAAGUUCAGAAAUUGGUAGAUGACACAACUGCUGCAUUUAAGGCUGGCUCAGGGAAGUCUUCAUCGGGAAGUUCAGGCGGCACAGCUCCCCCACCCUCAGGUCCUGUUCCAGGGGGACCCAUGCCCCCUGGGGUACCUCUCAUGGGCCCUGGCCCAGGUGGCCCAGCUCCUAUGCCACACAUGAUGCCAGUUGGAAUGAGACCACCCAUGGGAAUGGGGCCAGGGAUGGGGCCUAUGGGUUUGAUGCCUGGCAUGUCAGGCAUGAGACCCCCACAGAUGGGGGGUCCUCCACCAGCAAAGAUGAUGAAGAAGUAGCUGCAAAUGGCAGUAAAGGAUUACUGACAGAGACCACAGGGAAAGAAGAAAUCCUAUGUAAAAUAGGCAAUUUUGUUGAUUCAUUGAUGUGGAAAAGGGCUGUCACUUUUAUAAACUCAUCUUUUCAUUCAUUGCUUCUAUCAUCUGUGGUUUUUAACAUCAUUUUAUUCAUCAUUAAUGAAAUCACUCUGAAUGUUGAUGGUUAAAUGUCUUUGUCUUUACCGUAGUAUGUAUGUGUAAAUGUUAAUCUGUAAUAAAUAACUCCA